CUCUCAUGAUCAGUUUCCUCUUCAGAUUCUACUCAGAUGCUUUGCAGCAGUUAAAGAGAAGGGUGAUUUGUGUGGGUCAGAUUUUCUGCACUGUGGCUGCUGACAAACAUGCUCAUGCCAAGCAGGCCACAAAAGCGGUGAAGAUUGUGUACCAAGACGUGGAGCCUAUAAUUGUGAACAUUCAGAUCUGGCUGCCCAAUCCAUUUUAUUCGGGAACAUGGGGACAACACGUUGAUAACUGGAGGAUGGCACCCACUACCCAGAACAUAUAAGAAUACCUGCCAGAGCCUCGUGGAACGCCUUGAACCUAUUAUCAGAUGGAGUGCUAGUGGCACCUGGG